UUCUUUGAGCUUCAAGGUUCUACAAAUGGAAGUAAAAUCCAAAUUAUUCAACAAGAACCCUAAAAAGAAAAAUGAUGCAAUCAGUCUGCUACUCUCCACGCCCUCAUUUUCUUCCCUCUUCAUCUCAGUCGAAUUCUCUCUCGCGAAGCAAAAUUACUUCAAUUCCCUCCUACUUUUAUCCCACUGUAUCCCUUGCUAAACCCAGAUACAACAAUCCUUCAGCAGGCUGCUUAGCUAGGGUUAGCUCUUAUUUUCCCGAAAAUGGAAAUUCCCCUAAAAAGAAUGAAGUGAAGAAAGUGAAAAAGUUGGUGUCAAAUUCUGGGUCCUCGGGUAGGAUUAAUUUGGACCCAUUUCGGGGGAAAUCAGGUUCGGUUUCGUUCUGUGGAUUGACUCAUGAGAAUGUAGAAGGGAGAAAGUUGGUAUCUUCUCCAUUCAAGGAUGAUUCUGGUUCUUUUGUGUGGAUUGUGGGUCCUCUUGCUUUGAUUUCGUCGCUAUUGGUUCCACAAUUUUUUCUUGGCAAUGCGAUUGAAGAGUUUCUAAGAAAUGAGAUCCUUGCAGAGAUUGUUGCAUCAUUCUUCUCAGAGAUAAUAUUUUAUGCUGGGCUAGCUGCAUUUCUGUUUAUUACCAAUCAUGUGCAGCGUCCUUAUCUUGACUUCAGCCCAAAGCAAUGGAGUCUUAUCACUGGUCUCAAGGGGUAUCUAUCUUCUGCAUUCUUUACAAUGGGCUUCAAGGUGUUUGCUCCUCUUUUUGCUGCCUAUGCUGUUUGGCCAAUUAUUGGCCUUCCCGCUGCAAUUGCAGUUGCUCCAUUUCUCCUUGGAUGUGCCAUACAGUUUGCAUUUGAACUGUACCUAGAGAAGCGCAAUGUAUCAUGUUGGCCAUUGUUACCAAUUAUUUUUGAGGUAUAUAGAUUAUACCAGCUAAACAAAGGAGCACAUUUUCUUGAAAGGUUGAUGUUCACGAUGAGGGAAGCACCCAGGACUCCUGAACUAUUGGAAAGAAGUGGUGCAUUGUUUUCUAUGGUUACUGUUCUUCAAGUUCUUGGUCUAAUUUGUUUGUGGUCCUUGGCUACAUUUCUCCUCAGACUCUUUCCUUCUAGACCUGUGGCUGAGAACUACUAAAUCUUUGAAGAUUUUGUAGAUUUUGUCCAUGAAGGGAAUAUUUAUCUGUUAUAAGCUAUUAAGCUUAAAAUGGAACAAUGUUUGGCAGCAAUGAGGCAUUCUCUGGAGGUCCUCUCCACAAAUAUUAUAUCUGAUGAUAUUCGGUACAGACGGCGAUUAUUGUUUACAAAAUCAAAUCAUCUGCCGAAGGUGAAAAUUUUCUCAAGAGUAUGUGUUGUCUCGUACCCUCAUGGAGCCCCUGAUAAGUUUGAUCCUUCAGUUUCCAGGGUGCGCAAGUUAAAAACUAGUUCAUUGUGCUUUGAGACUUCAUUAUUUUGGAGGAAAGAGCCCCAACUCGAUCAAAAACCUAGGCUUUGAGACUUCAUUAUUUUGGUGGAAAGAGCCCCAACUCGAUCAAAAACCUAGGAUAUGAUGAUUGAUACUUGUUAAUUGUAAGCUUUGAAUAUCGUUUGGUUCACCUUCUGUAGCUUAUUUGAAUUUUUUUCCCCUCUUUCUUUUUCUGAACACUUGUUUAUAUGUACCCAGUAAAUUUUUUGCUCGAUUGUGCAUUUCAAGAGGUAUGUUUUGUGAAGUGGUGAGAAGCCCAGGGAUUUUUUUUUGA